CAAAUCGGAAGCCUUAGCUUCUGUGAGGUAGCGGCAGGGGCAGCGGCGGCGGCGGCGGCGGCGGCAGUGGGUACGGACAGGAGCGGGAAGGGCCAGGGAAGGCUGCUUUCCCCUCGCGCCCGGCGAGCCGGCCAGGGAGCGCGAUCAGGCUGCAGAGCCCCGACACUGCCCUGCCCCGGAUUUCAUCCCGCGGCGCGGGGCUUGGCGAGCGGAAUUCCGGCGGCUGCCGCGACUCCGGUGCUAGGUGAGGGCCGCACGAACAAUCUCUGAAUGUACCUUUGGGCAUAUUUCACCACUCAUUUUUGAUUAGGAAAAAGAAGACAGCCAUCUACUUGAAAGUGGAGGUGGUCCCAGGUUGUCCUACCUCUGCCCAGCCUCUGCUGUGAUCUGAAGGAGGAAUCCAGGCUGCAGAGAGAAGACUGAGACACAGUUGGGAGGAAAAGCUUCAGUGACUGAGGGAGUUGUGGAUUCUCGGAACUUCAAGAACUGUGAAGUAAGAAGUGAAGAAGGGCAUGUGAAAGACAACAUAUUGGAAAGAAAGCCAAUGAAGAAAAAUAGCAUGAAUCAGGUAUACCAUUGAGUUCUUUGGGAGUGACAAAUGUGUCUGGUUGGGAAACCUAUGAAACAGAAGACAAGACCCUGCCUCAGGAAGCGUACAUGAGAAUAAUUUUAAAGGAACCUGUCGAUAAAUGUGUAACAGUGGCUGUUGGAGGUGAUGGAAAUGUACUGGAACAAUGGGAAAAGCCAGUAACUUAUAGGAAGCCAAGAUGACAAGAAUUUUUUUAAAAAAUCAAGAGAGAGAAACAUCGAUCCUUUCCCUUCCUUUCGCACUCCAACUGGAGAUCGAACCUGCAACCUAGAAGGAAGAAUCUUGUUGGAAAAUGAGGUGAAUGAACGCUCAGGUACUCAAGAACCCUGGACAACUACAUGAGGCGUUUAAAAACUGCCCUGACCAGCUUGGCACCCACGCCUCUGUCAUGAGGCCGGACAGGAUGAGCACGCCGCGGGGGGCCAGCGUCCUGCCCUGCAGGAACGGUGACUGCUGACCUGCCGAGAGCAAGCUGGGGGCUGCUUGCUGUCUGCCAGUACAAUGAAGGAGGUGGUUUAUUGGUCACCCAAGCAGGUGGCAGACUGGCUGCUGGAGAAUGCUAUGCCAGAAUACUGCGAGCCUCUGGAGCAUUUCACGGGCCGGGACUUGAUCAACCUAACCCUGGAGGAUUUCACAAAACCCCCCUUGUGCCGAGUCUCCUCUGACAACGGGCAGCGGCUCUUGGACAUGAUAGAGACCCUGAAAAUGGAGCACCACAUGGAAGAACACAAGAAUGGCCAUGCCAACGGGCACCUGAGCAUUGGCACAGGCGCCCCUACACCUGACGGCAGCUUCAGCAUCAAGGUCAAACCCAACGGGAUGCCAAAUGGGUAUAGGAAGGAGAUGAUAAAGAUCCCCAUGCCAGAACUGGAGCGCUCCCAGUACCCCAUGGAGUGGGGCAAGACUUUUCUGGCCUUUCUUUAUGCACUUUCCUGUUUUGUUCUCACCACAGUGAUGAUCUCGGUCGUCCAUGAACGAGUACCUCCUAAGGAGAAGCAGCCUCCACUACCGGACACAUUUUUUGACCAUUUUAACCGGGUGCAGUGGGCUUUUUCUAUUUGUGAAAUUAACGGCAUGAUCCUUGUAGGACUCUGGUUAAUUCAGUGGCUGCUCUUAAAAUACAAGUCUAUUAUUAGCAGAAGAUUUUUCUGCAUAGUUGGCACGCUGUACCUGUAUCGGUGUAUUACAAUGUAUGUAACUACACUCCCAGUACCUGGUAUGCAUUUCAACUGCUCUCCGAAGCUUUUUGGAGACUGGGAAGCCCAACUGCGAAGAAUAAUGAAGCUCAUUGCUGGCGGUGGCCUGUCCAUCACUGGCUCUCACAACAUGUGUGGGGACUAUCUGUACAGCGGCCACACGGUCAUGCUCACACUCACCUACUUAUUUAUCAAAGAGUAUUCUCCUCGACGACUCUGGUGGUACCACUGGAUUUGCUGGCUUCUCAGCGUGGUUGGAAUCUUCUGUAUUCUCUUAGCGCAUGACCACUACACUGUGGACGUGGUGGUGGCAUAUUACAUCACCACAAGACUCUUCUGGUGGUACCACACUAUGGCCAAUCAGCAAGUGCUAAAAGAAGCUUCCCAGAUGAACCUCCUGGCCAGGGUGUGGUGGUACAGGCCGUUUCAGUACUUUGAAAAGAACGUCCAAGGAAUUGUACCUCGAUCUUACCAUUGGCCCUUCCCCUGGCCAGUCGUCCACCUCAGGAGGCAAGUUAAAUACAGCCGGCUGGUGAAUGACACAUAACAGCUGUACCAAGCGGGGCAACAAGGAACUGUCCGAAGUGCUAAGAACUCCAUGAGAGAAGAUGCCAUAAAAUAAACACCUCCCUAAUCCUACUAUCUUUCAACAAUUACCUUGACUUAACCUAUUGAGUUACCUGGUCAGCACUGUGAUCUUUUUUUCUCUCCAAAGGACCUGCGUUGGACAACAAUAAAGAAAAUUUAACCUAUCAUGCACUGUACACAUUUCCUGUUCAUAAGUUUGGAAUUUACAUAACCUGCAACCACCAUGUUCCUUUGUAUAUGAUGCAACAGCAUAAAUGUAAGCUUUUAUAUCAUAAGUUCCGGUCUUUCCAGUCACAUCUGGAAAUAAAGCGUAUUAUUUUCUUGGGAAAACAUACUUUUCAUAUCUCUUGCCCCAAAGAUUGGGCUGUAAGCCAUUUUCUAGCAAAUGUCUCUAUGAAGGUUUCUAAGUACCUGAAUGGGGUUCGACUCUGAAAUCUUUCUACCUGUUGCACCGAUAUUCAAAUAAAAAUGACAGACACGGAAAGGGUUAGUAACUUUGGGUUUUGUAAAAUCAGCAGAGACAGUGUGUCAAAAAGUGCAAAAAAAAAAAAAAAGAUUCUGUUAUAAAGUGAUUUUCUAAGUAUUUCCUAACUUUAUUUUUCAAAUGAUGUUAUGAAAACCAAAUUUAAAGAUUUUUACAUGUCAAAGAGAAGAGAGUUAAAAUUUAAAAAUGCUUCUUGGGAGAGAAAUUUGUCUAUGUUUCUAGUGCCUUUCUUGUCUUGAUUGUAUGGUCAGUAGGCAAUCUUAAUGUUUUUAUUUAAAAUAAAGUAUUCCAUGAAAAUAUAAAUGUAUGUAUACACUACUAAAUUUUGCAUUUAUAGUUAAAUCAGAAGGCUGCUUAUGGUUUUUAAAUUGCUCUGAAUUAAAGAAUGGGGGGAGGCGGGGUAAUUAGAAAGUCCGAGCCUGUUCCCAUGUUGUGAGCAGGUGGCAAUGACAUCAUACCACUUAAAUUAUUUUAUCUAUUUGGUAGCUCAAUUUUAACUAUACAAUGAACACAGCCAUGAAUACUUUUUUUAAAAAAGCGAGUUUUGAAAAUGAUCACUUAACUAAAACUUGAAAGAUAUAAAUUAGUUAUCCAUAUUCUCAUGACAAUUUUGUUGGCGAACAACAAAAAAGAGAUCUAUUUCUUUAAAAUAUAUUUGUGCAGAAACUGCAUGUAACUCUAAGUUUUACUCCUAACAUAAGUAUGUUUGGGGAAGUAUUCUAUUCUAUACUUGCCAAUGUGGAGAACAAAAUAGUUUUUUAAGAAUGAAGAAGUAUAUAUAUCCACUCUGUAUUUUGUGUGCAGCAGAAUUCUCUUCCGUAGGGCUUUUUUGUGUGUAUGUGUAUUCACAAGGUGAUAUUUGUAUUGUAAAACAAUAAUGGUGAAGGAAAUAAAAAGGCUUUUAAAAUUUUGUUUGUUUUAAAUCUUUGUAAAGUUAUUAUCCAGAGAGUAUACUGAUAUCUUAACAGCCUACCUAGAUCAUAAAUUAAUCAAAAUGCA